GCCCACACCCAAUAAGCCCCGCCCACAUGUUAUAUCCAUGCUAUUGACGUGUGUGAACACCGGGAUACAUGCGUAGUGUACAGUGUAACGUGCAUGGGGGUGCCAUGAGUGUGUAGCCAGGAGCUGAGUGCUGCUGUUAUAUUCCCGGUGAGGAGGGGGCGCGGAUGCAGCGGGAGCUCCGGAUGAUGCGGGGAAGGAGGGGACUGAGCCGCCAAUCAGCUGGGGCUGCUGAGAGUCCGGCUAGGAUGGGAGGGCGGGGCACAGCCGGUCCAGGCCCAGGGAUGUGACGGGAUGCUACGGGGAGCCGGGGAUACAGGACCGGGAUCAGGAAUACCGAGGGGUCUGGAAACCUGAGGCCGCAGGAGCAGUAAGAUCAGCGGUAGCGAGGGGGCUGCCAGGGACGGGCAAAGCAGAGUGCAGCUGAUCAGGAGAGCGCAGUAAACGGGGGAAAGCCUGGGUGACGGGAAGAGAGAGGACCUGCAUGGGAGACAAUAGUACGUGGUGCCCGGGGAGCGCUGGUAGCUGCACGCCCGCCGCGCUGCUGCAUCACCCGCUGCCACUGUGGCAGCAGCAUCACCCCAGCUCCUAUGCCCAGUACUGACAGGGUACUAGUCACACACUGGCAUAGUAUUAGCAGCAUGCACAGUAUAUGGCAGCAGAGGGCCUGUAGGAUGGAGUAACGCCUGCCUGCCGGGGACUGGCAAUACAGGGGCCAUGAAUAAGGAGCCUGAGAUACUGUUGCACAAGUACAAGGAGUUGUAUCCAUAACAGGGACAUACUGUAUUAGUAUUACAUUGGUCACACUGGGUGGCAUUGGAUCUGGCCUGGUGACAGGAAUCUGCAUAAAGGGGGAUUAUAGCAAUAGCUCCAGUCCAUACUAGGUUUACCGUGUAGCUCAUCUGAACUGGCCACACACACAGCAUCUGGGAAUAACUAGUGCAGUGAUAAGCAAGGUCGCAGAAGCAACAGCUCAGUGAUGACGGAAUCAGAUGUAUAGCAAGUCACAGAAUAAAAAUAAAAUAAAAAAACCUGCAGAAGGCCAGGAAAAGUGUUAUAUACGGUUGUCUGAGACAUCAACCAUCAUUUCCCUUAUGGUUAUCCCAUUAUUUAUGUAGCUAACAACUAUAGUAUUAUUGCCUAUAUAUAAACUGGAGUUAUCUGGCGGGCCAAAUGCUGGGAGCAGGAAGGAUGGAGGAGUUCCAGAGUGAGGAGGAUGAGCCCUGGUAUGAUCAGCAUGAUCUGGAACAAGAUCUGCAUUUGGCAGCAGAACUGGGGAAGACCCUCUUGGAGCGCAACAAGGAGCUGGAAAUAUCUCUGCAGCAAAUGUACCUUAACAAUGAGGAGCAGGUGCAAGAGAUUGAGUAUCUGAGUAAACAGUUAGAGAUGCUCAGAGAGGUGAAUGAGCAGCAUGCCAAGGUAUAUGAGCAACUGGACACUGUAGCACGAGAUUUGGAAGUGACCAAUUUACGACUGGUGCAAGAAAGCAAGGCAGGUCGGCAAAAGAUAGAAAGCCUAACAGACACUAUAGAGGGUUUACAGAAACAGGUAGAAGAUCUUCAAAGACAGGUUGAGGAGCUGCAUGGUCUGGAAAAGAUACGAGUCCGAAGGGAAAAGAGAGAAAGACGCCGUACUAUCCACACCUUUCCCUGUGUACGUGAACUGUACAACAGGUAUGAUGACACUUUCAGCAUGCAUGCUUCCUGCCUUGACCUGUCUCAGAGACCCUUGCAGAGGGAAAAUGACCGGUUGCAGAGCGCAGUAAUUGCACUACGAGCCCAGGUGGCACAAGAACGUCAGCGAAAGGAGAGGGCAGAGCGGGAGUACCAGGCAGUGGUUCAGGAAUAUGCUGAUCUGGAACAGAGAGCCUGUGAGAUGGAAAAUUGCAGGUUGCGCAUAAAAGAACUGGAGAAUGAGCUACAAGAAUUACAGCAAAUGAAACAGGUAAAGCGUUACCUGCUUGGCCAAGGCGACAGCCUUUCUCAGGCAUUGCUGGAACCACUUAACAAAACCCCAGAAACGGAUGACCCAGAGCCAUUAAAUGGAGAAGGGGAUGUGAGCAGGAAUCAGACCCCUCCAAACUCAGCAGUCAGGAAAAGCUGCAGUGACACAGCUCUGAACGACAUCGUGGGAAGAGACGCUGCUAGCCGACAUGAGGGAAAUUACACAUUACAUGCCAACAACACAAGGCGUCGUGGCAUGUCCAUCCUGCGUGAAGUAGACGAGCAGUAUCAUGCACUGUUGGAACGAUAUGAGGAGCUGUUGGCCAAAUGCAGGCGGCACGAUGACAAUCUUUGCCAUGCUGGAGUGCAGACUUCCCGGCCAGUGUCAAGAGACAGUUCUAGCAGAGACCUUCCUGCAGAGGAGAUUGAGCCUGAGCGGGCACUGACGCUGCAGCUAGAGGCUGCAGACCGGAGGCUGGAACAGAGCCAACCAGAAUAUAAAGCUCUGUUUAAAGAGAUAUUUAAUCGUAUCCAGAGAACAAAGCAAGAUAUUAGUGCUGGGAAAGGGCCAGUGGGAAGUGAUACAUAAAGAGCCCAGAUUUACAGCUAUUCACACUAACUUCCUGCAUUCCACAUAAUGCCUGUCAGAGCACUUUUUUCACACUGUCCCAUGAUGCCAGUUGUAAACUAACUUAUAACACUAAUCCAAUGUCGGGUCUGAGCAGACUGCUUCAUGGAUAAGCUUUUAUAGCGUUGACAUGCACAUAGAUACAUUAAAUAUUAUUUACACAUAUAUUGUAUGUAUAGUGCUGUUGAUACAGCCAUGGAUGCAUUUAUCUGUAGGCAAAUUCAGUAAUUCUCUUUCCCCAUUUCAUGGGUAACACCACCAGAUAGGUGUAUGUAUGUAUGUAUAUAUAUAUAUAUAUAUAUAUAUAUAUAUAUAAGGCAAGGAGGGCUCUUUAGCUGUUGCUGAACUAUAGUUCCCAUGAUACUUUGCAAUCAGUCAGUGCUGAAGGUUGCCCAUCCUGCAUGAAUUGUAAGUUCUUGGCUGGUGGUGCUAUGCAGACGUAUACAUUUUUUCAAUGCCUGUCCUUCCUGCAGACUGACAGACCAUUGUUCACUUUAGAUAUGUGCAUUACAUUGUUUCUUGAGCAAACAUUGCUCUUUACUAAUGAACAUAUAAUAUGCAGCACAAGUAUAAACAAUGAUGUGUACAGGUAUUAUGUAACAUAAAAGGUACUGUAGUGCACAGUUGCUAAGACGCACAUUUCCUGUGAGAUAUAAGUUACUUGCUCUAGCAUUGUUUGCAGAGCAGAUCUGCACUCCUAUUUAAAUCAGUCUGUCUCUGCACUUUGCUGCUAACCCCAUAAUCCUUUUCAAGUCUGUUUGUUAAUGUGUCUCUCCCUACCAAACCCAGAUUCCUUAGAAUAUUGCAACUAAAAAAUAUGAUACAGGUAACCUCUGCCAAAAGUCUAAACAGUAUUGAAAAUGAAAAGUUUACACCGCUUUUCUCUGAUGCUGGACCUGUCAUUGUGACACUAUGCUGAGCAUCUAUCCAGAACACCAUAAAUAUUGGAAUUCCGUCCUGUUGCUCAAUAGGGACAUAUGAUGACAAUGUGAAAGCCAUGCUUCUAGCACUUUAGGGAUUAUAUGCAUCAUGCCAUAAAGGUGCUGUUGGGAGCCCAAACAUGUAUGCAAUAAGAUGUUGUUCUGUUGUAUUACUCUGUGCAUUCUGUACCCACUAUACUGCCCUAUAUGUAUACAGUCUAGCUGGCCUUAUUUCACUCCAGUUACAUUCACAUAUGUGCUUUGUAAGGAGUUCUUCAGCAAGAGAUGUAACUGCACUUAUAGAUUCCCAUUACUCCAGUCUUGUCAUGAAGAGAUGCCAAUAGGUAAUGAGAUAAAGGGAUGUGUCUCCAUGACAUUGCCUUGUUUUUGCUUCAGUUGCAGCCGCCUCUUCUAAGCAGUUCCUACUAUUAUAUGACCCACAUCAUGGAGUCGUAGGUUUCUGUCCUGCUUUUAACACUUGUUUUUUAAUUCAAAUGACUGGGCUGAAUUUCUCUGUGUUGAAAAUGUUUUAAAAUCAGCUGCUUAAUUGCAAUUGAAAAACAAGUGUGAGAUGGCAUCUUAUAACUUCAUCUCGCAGUGGAAUACCUGAGAUUAGCAGACCUGUGCUGUCUGCUUAUCAGUAUUCAUUAAUUCAAUGCUUCAUGGUGUUACAAAUAAACAGAAAAUGUUUCCGCAGUCUGUUUUGCUUAUAUGCAUCUGUUUCUAGUCCUCCAUUUCGUUUAUUGUUUUCCCAGUGGUUUGAAAAUGGCUUUAUUCUAUUUCACAUUGACACCCUUGAUAUGUAAGAAUCUGUUACAACGCUGCCACACCUGAAGUUUAUGAUAUCAGUUAUAGAUCGGAAAUCCAUAUGAUCCCUUUGCAUUAGUAUGUGUGACUGGACCUCAGGAAGUUAGACGUUAUACAUUGGAAACUCAGGAUGCAGAAAGUAACAUUCUAUAGAUGUGCAGAAUUUUCAGGUUGGGGUAACACCCUUCCUCCAAAUCUGUCACCGUGGAGGUCAGUAUUUUCUUUACCCCUACUGUAUUGAACUGGAUUGACAAUGUAUAUCUCAGUAUUAGCCUCAAAUAAGCCAUCUUGUAUAUUGGCAGUAACUGGGGCAAUUUAUUUACUCUUCUAUUUAUAGUUGCUUUAUUCUUCAGGUAAUAAAUAUUCUAAUAAACCAGGUGUUUGGUGUA